GUUAACGUCAUGUCUCUUUCUGCAAGCUGCCUGCUGCUCUCUCUCUCUCCUGCUCCAGUAACUGGAGGCACGAGUUCCUUCUUCAUCAGCCUCAAAUUCGUUUGUCAGAAGGUCUGGGCUGUGUACCACUGCUACAGCCAUGGCACCUAAAAAGAACAAGACAACCAAAAAGAGUAAAGGAGACAUAAAUGAUAUAAUGGUUGAAAACAGCCCCAUUAACAAGAUCAAUGGAUUAAACACUCUGAUAGAAGCAGGGAAUGGGUUCAGCUGCAUCUCCACGGAAGUCACCGACUCCGUGUAUGCCCCAAAUCUCUUGGAGGGUUUGGGCAGCAUGAGGCAGGAUAGGUUCCUCUGUGACUUGACGGUCACCACCAAAUCAACAUCAUUUGAUGUCCACAAAGUUGUCAUGGCCUCUUGCAGUGAGUACAUUCGAAAUAUCUUGAAGAAGGACUCAAGUCUCCAAAAGAUCGACCUGAAUGACCUCUCACCAGUUGGCCUUGCAACUGCUAUCACAUAUGCCUACUCGGGAAAGCUCACCUUGUCCCUCUACAGCAUCGGGAGCACAAUAGCUGCAGCUAUGCUGCUUCAGAUUGGCACAUUAGUGAAAAUGUGCAGCGAUUUCCUCAUGCAGGAGCUCAGCGUGGAGAACUGCAUGUACGUGGUCAACAUCGCCAAUGCAUAUGACCUUAAAGAAACCAAGGAGGCAGCUCAGAAGUUCAUGCGAGAAAACUUCAUAGAGUUUUCAGAGAUGGAGCAGUUCCUGAAGCUGACUUAUGAGCAGAUCAAUGAGUUUCUCUCAGAUGAUGCAUUGCAGCUUCCCUCUGAGAUCACAGCUUUCCAAAUCGCCAUGAAAUGGUUAGACUUUGAUGAGAAGAGGUUGAAAUAUUCUUCGGAUCUUUUGACAAACAUCCGCUUUGGCACUAUCUCUCCGCAAGACCUUGUGAAUCAUGUACAGAGUGUACCGAGGAUGAUGCAAGAUCCUGAGUGCCACCGUCUGCUUGUUGAUGCCAUGAAUUACCAUCUGCUGCCAUAUCAACAGAACAUCUUGCAGUCACGCAGAACAAAGGUACGUGGUGGCCUCAAGGUGAUCCUUACAGUCGGCGGACGCCCUGCCUUGACAGAAAAAUCCCUCAGCAAAGAUGUCCUCUACAGAGAUGAAGACAAAGUUUGGAAUAAGUUGACAGAAAUGCCAGCAAAGAGCUUUAAUCAGUGUGUGGCUGUAUUGGAUGGAUUUCUGUAUGUGGCAGGUGGUGAGGACCAGAACGAUGCAAGGAACCAGGCAAAACAUGCGGUUAGCAACUUCUGCAGGUAUGAUUCACGCUUCAACACGUGGAUUCACUUGAACAACAUGAUCCAAAGGCGCACCCACUUCAGCCUUAACAUUUUCAACGGUCUCUUGUUUGCGAUCGGAGGGCGAAACGCGGAUGGUGUUCAAGCCUCUAUGGAGUGCUAUGUGCCUUCCUCCAACCAGUGGCAGAUGAAAGCUCCAAUGGAAGUGCCACGCUGCUGCCAUGCCAGUUCGGUCAUCGACGGCAAGAUCCUGGUAUCGGGAGGUUACAUCAACAACGCUUACUCCAGAGCUGUUUGUUCUUACGACCCCGCCACCGACUCCUGGCAGGAUAAGAGUAGUUUGAGCACACCUCGAGGCUGGCACUGCGCUGCCACUGUUGGAGACCGGGCUUAUGUCACUGGAGGAAGCCAGCUUGGAGGGCGGGGAGAGAGGGUGGACGUCCAUGUUGUUGAAUCUUACAACCCGCACAACGGUCAGUGGAGCUACUGUGCACCUCUUCACACAGGGGUCAGCACAGCUGGCAUUUCUGUUUUGAACAACAAGAUCUAUCUCCUUGGAGGUUGGAACGAGGGUGAGAAGAAGUACAAGAAAUGCAUUCAGGUUUACAACCCUGACCUCAAUGAAUGGACCCAGGAUGAUGAGCUGCCAGAAGCUACGGUUGGCAUCUCAUGCUGCGUUGUCACUCUACCUACCAGGAAAACACGAGAGUCCAGAGCCAGUUCAGUUUCAUCGGCACCAGUCAGUAUAUAAAACAUUACAAUCAUCAUCUAGUUUUAUCUGCCCACAAUCUUGGUUUAGACCCUUCUAAAUGGAAUUCAUCUUUCUGUACUUAGGGGAUCAUGGCUGACAAAGUGAUAGUUCCCUCUUUACUUUUUGAAAGCUGGCUACAAGCCAAAAUAAAUCAAAUAAAAAGUGUAAAAAUGUGUUUUAAGAUAUUUUUCUUUGAUUUUUAUCAUAGUUUGCAUCACUUAACACCAGCUAUUGUCUUCAAAAAAAGCGAGACAGGAGCUAAUACAUCGAAUUUUCUUUCAGGGUCCAAGCUGGAAUUUUUUUUUUUUUGCAAUGAUGUUAUGAUUUUCAGACUAGAUAACAAAUUCACUUGAACAAAAGAAGGUUUAAAACUUUUUUCUGAACAUACCAAUGGCCCAUUUGUGAUGAUUUAGGGGGAUGUGACUUCCACAUGCAGGAUGAAGGUAGGGUUGGAAGGUGUUGGUGGCACCUACCAGGAGUAGGUGGUUAUGAUUAGUGUUUAAAAACGCCAAGACAGCUGCGUGCAACUCAGAUGCAGUACUUGUGUUAUAACGUCUUUUGCCACAGUCACUGUGAGUGUGAUUCAGAUUCUGUAUUUUUAAAAGAAGGUUAAGAUUGAAUGGGUUUAAUUGUGACGUUAGUAAAUUAUUUUAUUUUUAAAAAAUGAUAAUUCAACACUGAAAUACCAAUCGGAGCCUGAGCUUUUCUGUAAGAUCCCUGACUGCUCAUGUCUUUUCAUUUGUUGUUUGUUUUAAAAUUAAAUACAAAAAAAUUA